AUGUUUUUUCUUAAUAAAAAUGAAAAAUAAGAGAUUUUAAAGAUUAAAAAUAUAGGGAGAGAAAAUGAAAGGGAAUAGAAAAUAAUGUUAAAUUUGGUAGAUGAAGUAAAGAAAUAGAAUGGGAAAUAUAUGAAGGUGUCAUAAUAGAAAAAAUAAUAGCUUUGUUAAAUGGUUUAGAGAGAAGGAAAAAAAAUAAAAGAAGUAAUGAAUAUAGAAUUAAUGAUGUUUAGGCAGCAAGAAUACUAGGUAUAAAGUAUCCAACAGCAAAGACAAUAGUGUUUCAUAAGAGAAAAUAGCGAAAGUAAAAGGGAAAAACUGGGAUUAGAAUGUGUGGUUAUACUGAAGUGAUGGAGAAAAGAGUUAUUCGUUUACAAAUUAUUUCAAUAACUGGUAAUGAUGCAAAAUAAUGCAAAGAAUAUACAUUGUGA